CAAUUUGAUUACAGGAAAAAACUGAUGAAAUACAAAGCAAAAUUGUUUCAUGCACUAUUAUAUAUUCCAAAACAACAAAAUAAAAAACGUAAAGCAAGGACGUCCUAUAAAUUCUGUUUAAAAAAAAAUCACGUGUUUUGUAUAAGUCACGAGACACUUGUAUGGUUUCUCACUCUCGUCCUCUCCGGCACGAGUUUGUUUGUAUCGCGUGUGCGCCCGCCUGCCCGCUCCACCCCAUCUGGCGUCUGGCACGUAGCCUUCUCCAAUAUCAAAGCCACCCCUGUCGGAAGUGCGAGCAGUCCAUCUCUGCGUGCUGCAUCUCGCGGAUCUCUCAGCGAUGCCGGCCUCUGUGGAGAAAAAAACCGUCGACGGUGAAAGUGUCUCUUUUUACCCCAACUGCGACGUCAACGUUUGGUUGAGGUCGUGCGAGAAUGAGGAGCCACUGCCGGUUGAAGGCACACUUUCAGGGGAAUUACCGGUUUGGCUCAAAGGUUGUCUUCUGCGAAAUGGACCCGGAUGUUUUAACGCCGGUGGAAAUGAAAAGUUCAAGCACCUUUUCGACUCAUCCGCGUUGAUGCACAGGUUUUGCAUCAGCAACGGAAACGUCACUUACCAGAGACGUCUUCUCCAAACAAAGGCGUUCAAAAGAAACCAUGCUGCGCAGCGAAUCGUGGUCACAGAAUUCGGAACGAAAGCAGUUCCAGACCCGUGCCAAUCAAUUUUUCAAACCGUCGCUGCGAUUUUCGUUCCUGGCGAGUCGCUGUCGGACAACGCGAUGAUUUCUAUUUACCCCUUCGGUGACGAGUAUUACGCAUUCACCGAGUCGCCAAUUGUUCACCGUAUUGAUCCGCGCACCCUUGAAACCAAGGACAGAAUAAAUCUGUCGGACUUCGUAAGCAUUGUCAACCACACGUCCCACCCGCUGGUGAUGCAGGACCAGACUGUUUACAAUAUAGGUCUGCGAGUCACCGCCACUGGGCCGCGAUACCAAAUCGUUGAAUUCCCACCUUCAGAUAGCAAAGGUGUUGGAAAAAUGUUUGAAGCGGCGCGGCAUGUCGGCAGCGUGUCCGCCCGAUGGGGCUUUAACCCGUCCUACAUGCACACGUUUGGAAUAACAGACAAUUAUUUUGUCAUAAUCGAGCAGCCUCUGACGGUUUCUGUUCCUGCUCUGGUGAAAAACGCAAUCCUCGGUGAACCUAUGAUGGCCAAUAUGAGAUGGUAUCCAAAUGAACAGACGUAUUUCUAUUUGGUGUCAAGAGAAACGGGGCAAUUGAAGCACACUUUUGCGACCAAGGCUUUUUUCUAUUUGCACACAAUCAACACUUUCGAGUUAAGGGACACCUGCAUUGUUGACAUUUGCGCCUACCAAGAUCCAGCAAUGAUCGACUGCAUGUAUGUGGAUUCUAUGCAGGGCGCUCAAACAAAUCCCGACUAUGCGGCAUUAUUCCGAGGGAAGCCAAUGAGGUUUUCACUCCCACUGGACUCCUUGAACAAAAGCGAAAGGAUGAACAUCGAACCAGAAAUUCUGAGCAACUUUGGCUGCGAAACUCCACGAGUACACAUGGAACGAUAUUUAGGGAAACCUUAUCGCUACUUUUACGCCAUUUCCUCUGACGUUGACAUGGACAACCCCGGAACUAUUAUCAAGGUUGAUAUUCAGACAAAAUCUGCAUUAACAUGGUGUGAAAAUCUUGUGUACCCCAGUGAGCCGAUUUUUGUUCCUGCCCCUGAUCCUCAGAGUGAAGAUGAUGGCGUAAUCUUGUCAGCACUGGUUUGGGGUGGUGAAGGACGUGAAUGUCAAGUAGCGUUGUUGGUGUUGGACGCGAAAAAUAUGACAGAGUUGGCCCGGUGUACUUUUGAAACAGGUGGGCCUGUACCCAAAUGUUUGCACGGGUGGUUUGCAAAUGAUGUCGUUUAGAGUAAUUUUCAUUAUCUUUAUUUAUUUUUCAUUUUUUUGUAUUUUUUCAUCUUUUCAUCAUUUAAAUCCCCAUUUGAUUUUCUGAGUUUGUAAAUUUUUUUUAAAUAUGGAAAAUAUAAAUUUGAUCUAAUUGUAAGUAAAUUCAACAAUGAAAGUGAUUGAGUGAGCUGUGUAUAAGAACUGAAUUCAUUACAAACAAUAAAAUAUUUUGUUU